GCCCGAUUGUUGUAGAACCAUAUUUUCUAAGAUUUAUAUUAAUAAAAGUUCAUAUUAUUCAAAGUAAAUGCUUUUAUUCUAACAUGGUGGCAGCGGUGUGUAAAUAACCAUAUGAAAAACCAGUAAUGGCGACUUUAGAAGACGUUUUGCGACAACAAUCGCAAAUUCUACUAGCUCUCCAGCAACAAUUACAAGUUCUUUCCUCGAAUAAACGUGAUGCGAGUGCCGCAAAUAACAUGAAUAUUCCGUGGCCGACGCCGUUGGAUGUUAAUAAUGACCCAGAUGAGGCUUUUAAUAUAUUCGAAUCCUCAUGGCAAAAUUAUUGCAAAGCCACCCAAAUGGAUUCUUGGCCUUCUGAUCAAGAACAUCGGAAAGUAUCUAUACUCUUUAGUGCAAUUGGAGAAGAAGCCAUAAAAAAAUACAACAGGUUUGGUAUUAAAAUUGAAGAUAAAUAUACUUGUUCAGAAGUUCUAAAGAUUAUGUCAGAAAAAAUGGUAUCUAACAGGAACAUCAUUCAUAAUAGAUACAUUUUCCAUUGCAAAAAUCAAGACGAAGAAUCAUUUGACAUAUACUUUGCAGAAAUCUCAAAAUUGGUACAACAGUGUGAGUACAGAGAUAAGGAAAUGACAGAGGAAAUGCUAAGAGAUAAAAUAGUUUUUGGUGUAAAAAAUAUAAAAGUCAAAAAAGAGUUAUUGAGGAGAGAAAACCUGACAUUACAUGAGGCAGUAAAUAUCUGCAAAGCUUCAGAAGCAACAGAAAAACAAUUGAAGACAUUUUCAAAUGGUGAAUCAUUAGUUAGGAAAAUUAAAGACAAAGAAGAGUCAAAUUCAGAGAAGAAAAAGAAGAAGAAGAAAUGUAAGUUUUGUGGCAAUAUACAUGAAUUUAUAAAAGGAGCUUGCCCGGCAUGGGGCAAAUUAUGUUCAAUCUGCAAUGGCAGAAACCAUACAGAGAAAGUUUGCAAAAAGAAAAUCAAAGAAAUAAAAAAGAGUCCCCAGCAGGCACCAACGCAGCCAUCUUCUUCAUCUGAUGCUGACUCUGACUGUGAAGAUAACAUUAUUAUUAAUAAAAUCACCAAUGAUCAACAGAAAAAUCUGGCAGAGUGUUCUUUGAAGUUCAAAUCUGAUGUCACUUCCAGGUGGAUAGAUAUUACAUGCUUGUUAGAUACUGCAGCCGAUGAGUGCCUUAUAGGUUACAAAAACUUAAAAAAAAUGUUUAGUGAAAGUUUUAUAAAUAAAAAUCUUAAGCCGUCCAGGAAAUGCCUGUAUAGCUUUGGUGGCCAUAAUAUUUUCAUCCAUGGCCAAAUAGACAUAUGGUUGAAGGUUACUCGGGGCUCUAAAUCAAGUAGGUAUAAAAUUACUUUUCAGGUAGUACACACACCUCAUAUUCCAUUGUUGUCCUGCAAAGCUUGUGUGGAUAUGGGUUUGGUUAAAUUCUGUAAAGAAGUAAAGCAAAAUCACACUGAGACAGAUACAAUUCUUAUGAAAUAUGAAUCUGUAUUUGAGGGACAAGGAUGUUUUGAAGGAGAAAUAGACUUGGAGGUAGAUGCCAAUGUCAAACCUGUAAUUCAAAAACCUCGUCGCAUACCUGUCAGUCUCCGAAAGCCCCUGCAAAAAGAAUUAGCAAGAUUAGUAGAGGAAGGCAUAAUAGAGAAAGAAGACAUGCACACAGAUUGGAAAAUGGAAAACAACACAAAUAUUUAAUAACUGUGGAUCAUUAUUCAGAUUUUUUCGAAAUUGAUCGUAUGAAGGACAUGUCUGCUAAAACAGUUAUUGACAUAUGCAAAAGGAACUUUGCUCGCCAUGGAGUGCCUGAAAUAGUAAUAACAGAUGGAGGGACAAAUUUCGUCUGUCAAGAAUUCGAAGAUUUUGCACACAAAUGGGGAUUCUCUCAUAACACUUCUUCUCCUCAUCAUCCGCAAGGUAAUGGCAAAGCAGAGGCGACCGUAAAGAUUGCAAAGAAGCUACUGACCAAAACUACAGAAAAUAAAGAAGACUUUUGGUACGGCUUGCUAUGCUUGCGAAACACUCCUAAUAAACUCAAGACAAGUCCUGUACAAAGGCUUUUUUCUCGAAGAACAAGAGGGAAUAUCCCUAUGAUACCGGAACUGCUACAUCCAAAAAUCGUACCAAAUGUAGCCCGUGACAUUACCUUAAAUAGAGAAAGAACUAAAUCUACAUACGAUAAAAGGUCCAAGAAGGCUGUUUCCCUAAGAGUUGGCCAACCAGUUGCGGUGCAAAUUAAUCCUUCAAUGAAAGAAUGGUCCUUUGGAGUUGUUGAGGAUAUUAUCUCGGAUAGAAACUUUCUAGUUAAUGUAAAUAAUGUUAGAUAUAGAAGAAACCUCUGUCAUAUUAGACCUGCUCCAGAAAAUAUUGCACUAGAUCAUGAAGAUGAAGCAAUGAUAGUUAAUGAGGGUUUGGCAAAACAUAAUUUUGUUAAUGAAAAUGAAAGAAAUUCAGCUGAUAAUUCAAUAUCUUUAGACGAUUCCUUAAACAAUAUUCAAGCCAAAGCAGAUAAGCAACUGACAGAUAAUGCACUUACCUCUUUGUCCUCCAGGUUUCAUACUGUUCCACCUCUCGAUACUCCAAGAAUUAGUUCACCACCUAUACAGGCAUUACCUGACGAUCCUAGUACACCUAAGAUAGUCCAUACAGCUCGACCUAAGCGGACAGUUUGUAAACCUAAAUAUUUGAAUGAUUAUGAUUGUACUUAAUUUUGAGUUUAUCUAAAUGGUCUAUGUUCGGAGAGGAAUUAAAUCAUUUGUAAGUUUAUUUCUAGAAGGUUAAAGUUAAGUAUUGUUUAUAUUUCUACUUUUGCAAUGGCGUUCAUUGAACAAUUUGUCAAAUUAAUUAGGCUCUAAGAUUUAUAGUAUUAAUUCCAGCUAUGCAUAUUAUAAUAUUAGUAUUAAGUUUUGAUCUCAUACUUAGACUAUCAGUUUACACUUAUUAUUUAGAAGAUUGUGUUUUCUUUCUGUAAUGUAAGAUCUUAAUUCAUUUUGUUAUAAACACACCUACAUAUCUUCUUCAAGAAAAGAGAACGUGUUGGCUGUUUAUAUAAUAAACCUUUGCCUAGUUAUUUAUAAGUAGAUUGACAUGUGUCAAGCUAAUCUAUGAGACUUUUGGAUGGGCGUGGCCCGAUUGUUGUAGAACCAU